GUGUGACAUUGAAGCUCGGAAAAUGAGUCCAGAGAAGCUAAAUUUUGCAACUUUAGUGUUGUCAAUAUAUUUGGUGUCUCAAAACGUGAACUCUGAGCUUCAGGUUGGGUUUUACAGUGAUUCGUGUAACUUUGCGGAGUUCAUUGUAAAGGAUGAGGUCAGAAAAGGUUUUAUUCAAAACCCUGGAAUUGCUGCUGGGCUUGUGAGAAUGCACUUCCAUGAUUGCUUUGUUAGAGGGUGUGAUGCAUCGGUGCUUUUAGAUUCCACAGCUUCAAACACAGCAGAAAAGGACUCACCAGCAAAUAAACCAAGUCUGAGAGGAUAUGAAGUGAUUGACAAAGCUAAAGCUAGACUUGAAGCAGUUUGCAAAGGAACUGUUUCAUGUGCUGAUAUAGUUGCGUUUGCAGCAAGAGAUAGCAUUGAGUUAAGUGGAGGACUUGGGUAUGACGUUCCUGCAGGAAGAAGAGAUGGGAGAAUAUCGCUAGCUUCAGACACAAGGACAAACCUUCCACCUCCAACUUCCAGCCUUGAUCAACUCACUCGACUCUUUGCUAGCAAGGGCCUCACACAAGAAGAAAUGGUUACCCUCUCCGGGGCACACACCGUUGGACGUUCAUUUUGCUCUUCAUUCAGCAACAGAUUAUACAAUUUCAGUAGCACAUCAAGUGAGGAUCCAAGUUUGGAUGCACCAUAUGCAUCCCAAUUGAAGCGUAAAUGCCCUAGGGGAACCACCAACACUAACAUAGUGGUUCCCAUGGACCCUUCUAGUCCUGCAAGAGCAGACUCAGGUUACUAUUUGAAUGUUCUGGCACAUAGAGGUCUGUUUUCAUCAGAUCAAGCUCUCUUGUCCAGCACAGAAACAGCUGAGCAGGUGAAUCAGAAUGCGAGGAAACCGUUUCUGUGGAUGAACAAAUUUGCAGAUGCUAUGGUCAAGAUGGGUCAGAUUGGUGUGUUAACUGGGAAUGCUGGAGAGAUCAGAGCAAAUUGCAGGAAGGUCAACAACUAGCUACACACCCAUGAAGUGAAUUAAUUAGUCCAUGAUUUUCCUUUUCCUUAUCUUAAAAGAGGCAAGAGAAUUUUUGCUAAAAAUGUCUGUGUUUAUUUUAAAUGUAUGGUUGAACAUUUCUCGUUUGAUUUCUGCAUUUGUCACGUUUGUUUGUGGGAGGGUAGCUGUAAUGUGUUAGAACAGCUUUGUGGAUUAGAGAAGCAAAAAGUGAUGGUUUGCUUGUAUAAAAUGGUAAUUUGAAAAUGCAACAUGUGAACAAGUGAAAAACUUGUCCCUUUGAUUU